AUGACAAAACAGUUCUUCAUUCCUACCUGUCAGAUAAGGUCCGCCCACAUUUGGAGUGCAUGCGUCAGGUUACGGCUGAGCGGCUGUGUGUAGAAAGGAAUGAGUAAGUUCUGAGAGAGGGCAGAAGUGCUCUUCCUCUGGUGGAAGCAUGACGGACCACCUGGUAGGUCUUGGGGCGGUGUCAGUGCUGGCUGUGAUGGAGCAAGUCUAUUUCUCUCUGCAGGUGGUCUAUGCUCGGAGAAAGUACUCCGUGACCCCUCCUUCUACCUCUGGACCUCCCGAGUUUGAACGACUUCACAGAGCGCAAGUCAACUGCACGGAGUAUUUCCCCAUGUUCAUCACGCUGCUGUGGACUUCAGGCCUCUUCUUCCAUCAAGGUGUUUCCACGUUGUGCGGGUUGCUGUACCUGUACUCCCGCUACUGCUACUUCAAUGGUUACUGCCAGUCCUCCCGGCAACGGCUGGCUCCUCUGUAUUUUGGUGCCAAGGUUCUGUGGGCUCUGAUCGGCUUCUCCUCUCUGGGGGUGCUCGGCUCGCUCAGCCGUCUCUACGCCGGGGUUGACCUGGUGGACCUGGCCUCCUCCUGCCUGAUUCCUCACGCCCCCGUUGACCUCUGACCCAUGACGCAUGAUCACAUCAACUCAGAUCUUUUCCUUGACUUCAACCUCACCCGUAGCUAUUGUUGCACAAUCCAAACAUUUGUUUACCCAAAUAUUUAAGAUAACGCUAAGCUUAUGCUUUCUGUAGUCCAACAUAACAUUUCCAUCCCAGCAGUCCUAUCUCCAACCCAUGUAAUAAUAAUAAUACAUUUAAUUUAGAGGCGCCUUUCAAGACACCCAAGGUCACCUUACAGAGCAUAAAGUUAUCAUAAAUCGUUUAAAAACAAGACAUUGUGGAAAAAUAAUAAUAAUAAUAAAUAAAUAAAUAAAUGAUUGUG